GGGUUACGCUCUCUGCCUAAGCGGAAGUGUUAAGACUACGUGGGGAAGAAAGGUUGGUCCGAUAUGUGUUUGAGAAAUCGUAUUAUUGCCGGCGGGUCAAUGUUUUAGAAACCGACCAUUCAUGAGUGCUCGGAUCCGUUCCCCACCCCUUUAGGCAAAUGUUGGCACACCGUGCGUACCGGGGAGAAUAAAUGGGAGGGACGGCGCGAGAUCUGUAAUGCUGCGCCGGUCGCGGGUGUAUCUCCGGCAGGUGGUGAAUCUGAUGGCCCGGAGACCCGAUCUGUUCUGUGGAGCCAUCCUGCUAAGCGUCCUUCUCAUACUAGCGGUCAAAUUUACCUGCAGCCGGGCGAAGAAUGUGGUGGCCCAGGCCCCGGCGCCGGUGCGGUUCUUUGCGGCGGACGCCCCGGUGGUGGACCUGUACCUGGGCCAGCUGGAGCAGGUGGAGCGGCUGAGGGCGCUGGCCGAGGUGUCGCUGGUCUUCUUCUACGCGCCCUGGUGUGCUCACUCCGCCGCCGCCCGCGACCAGCUGCAGCACGUCGCCCAGCGCCUCGGACACGAGGUGCUGUUUGUGGCAGUGAACUGUUGGUGGAACCAGGGGAAGUGCCGGCGACAGAAGAACUUCUACCAGUACCCCGUCAUCCACAUCUACUACAAAAGGUUUGGGCCCAUUGAGUAUAAGGGUCCCUUCACUGCGCUCUAUGUUGAGCGCUUUAUCCAGAAGGUCGUCACUCCUCUCACGUAUCUCCCAUCCAGAGACAUCCUCAAGGACUUCCUCUCCUAUCAUGAGCCAGGGGUGGUGGGGUUCUUUGAGUUCAACUCCUCCCCUCAGCCUCCAGGCUACAUCACCUUCCUCUCCUCAGCCCUGCAAGCCCUCAAGAGAGAUUUCCAGGGGGUGGUGCGCUUUGGCGUGGUGACCAAUCGCAGGGUAGCGGAGGCCAUCUCGGUCCAGGAGGAUGAGACGGUCUACCUGCACAGACACUUCAACUCCUCUCUGAUCUUCCCGCGCUGGGAGCGUAACUUCACGGCGGAGAGCAUCUGCAGCUGGGUGUUCCAGCACCGGGAGAGCCUGCUGCCCUGGGUGCCCCAGACCGGCGCCAAGAGCCGCAGCCUGGAGCAGGAGCUCCGCAAGGGCCCCGCGCUCCUCCUCUUCCUGCCGCACGACCCGCUGGCAGCCAAUCACCCGCUGCAGGAGCAGAUUGCGGACAUUGCUGUGCGCUACCACUCGUGCCCGGAGGAUGUGACGUCACAGGACACUAAGGGCGGCGGCGGCGGCCGGUUCUCCCGGUUCCCCGCGGGCCCCGUCUGCUGCAACACCCUGGUGCUGCCCGGCUGGAGCUCCGUGUCCGGUUCCGCGCAGAACGUCUGCGAGCUCUGCCUGAACCGCUCCGUCGGACCCGCCGCCGCGGCCUCGGAGAACCCGGCGCCCGCCGACGGCGCCGGAAACGAGAUCGUUGACCGCGGCAACGGCGGUGACGACGGCGGUAACCGUGGCUGCUCCGUGCCCGAGCUGGAGGCGGCGCUGGAGUCCUACCUGCGUCACCUGUCCGUUUGGGGCGGGCGCCUCACCCCCCACGCCCCCCACACCCCCCGCACGCCGCCCCCGCUGCUCGCCCCCACCUGCAGCAACGUGCGCAACACCUACAGCCCCUUCAGCCACUACAGUGCCUGCUGCCGCCCCCUGCUGGCCGAGACGGGGAACCGCACCCGCGCCGCUUCCGACGAGCCGCGGGUCUCCCCGAGCAUCGAGCCCGCACGCGCUUCCGCGGCAACAGCGCCGCCCCCGGAGACGGUCGAGGCCCCCGCCGCCGACGACUGCCCGUUGGGCGACGGGAUCGCGGGGCUCCGCUGUCGGACAAACAAGACGCUGCGGUUCUACCUGCUGGACUCGCACCUGCACUGGGAGCUCGCCACGCGGCUCGGGGCGCCGGGGCGCCGGGGGAACGACAGCGAGCGCACUUUCGCCGCCAUCGUGGACCUCCAAGACGAGACACACUACGUUCUGGAUCACAGGGGACGCCUAAAGGACACACUAGAACCCUUCAUCCAGAACUUCAGCACACCUCAUAGCCAUUUAAAGAGGCAUCUAGUCGGUGACACAAGACCUCAACCCCCACAAUUCUUCAUUCAGGAAGUGACAACAGACACCUUCCUGGACAUUGUUAUGGACCCCACAAAGGACGUGUUGCUCCUGUACUACACGAGCUGGUGUGGCUUCUGCUCGGUGCUGAACCACGUGCUCCUCCAGCUGGCGCGGCUCCUCCAGAGCAACCGCAGGUUCACCGUGGCCAGGGUGAACGUUGCCAGUAACGAUCUGCCCUGGGAGUUCAUGGUGGACCACUUCCCUUCCAUCCUGCUCUUCCCUAGACACAGGAAGCAACUGAGUGUGAAGUUCGCCGACGAUGUGCGCUUCACGCUCCCCAACCUGCUCCGUUUCGUCCUGACGCACACCACCGACGACCCGCUCCCUGCGGAACCCUCCUCCUCUUUCUCUUCCUCCUCCUCCUCCUCCUCCUCCUCCUCCUCCUCCCCCUCCUCCUCGGCCGCCCGCUCCCUCCUGGAGGCGCAGGUGCGUGCGCUCCGCGGCGAGGUGCGGGUGCUCCACCGGGCGCGCGGGCGCCUCUCGCGGCAGCUGGCGGGCGUGUGGCGGGAGCGGCGGGCGCUGGAGCGGCAGGCGCGGGCGCUCCAGGCCGAGAACGGCGAGCUGCGUCGGCGCGGCGACGAGCUCGAGGAGCUGCGGCGCGAGAAGAGCCGCGAGCUGGCCGAGGCCGUGGGGCGCCUGCGCGCGCUCGCCGACGCCUCGCGCGGCCUGCUGGCCGAGAACACCGUGCUCAAGGUGCUCCUCGCUGCCCUGGGGAACGAGGAGGAACCGAGGGAGGAGGAAAUGGAGGAGGAGGAGAAGAAGGAGAAGAAGAGGGAGGAGGAAAUGGAGGAGGAGGAGGAGAUGACCGGAGAGACAUCGAUCAGGAAGGAGGACGAGGGGGCGAGGCGGGCAACCGCGAGGUUUCGUGAUGAAGAGGAUGAGGAUGACGAUCGACGGCAAGAGGGAACGGGGAAAGAGGAAGAGGUGAAGGACGACGCGUGGGCUCUGAUGGAGUGACUCAACACUGCUGUAGCCGCCGCCGCCGCUGUAGCUGUAGCUGUAGCUGUAGCUGUCGGCGCUAACGCUAACCACUGUGUCUAGACAAAGAGCAAGUCAAGGCGAAGAAAAGAGGAGCAACGGCGCCACCUGGUGGAAGACCAGGGUCAGCUCAGCUCAGCCACGGAGGCUCAGAUAAACUGAGAGACGCCAGGUCCGUGCCAGGUCCGUGCCAGGUCCGUCACACACACACCCAGAGACUGUGCGAGGCAGCAACAGAUCACAUCCUUAAGGACCACUUUAAAAAAAAAAGGAAAAAAAAGAGAAAAAAAAAGUUUGCUUUGAAGUAGCUGUUGAUCACAUGUCAAAUCGGUGGCCUUCUGCUCCAUGGCCUUAAACUCAGGAGUAGAUGGAGCAGUCUUGUCUGUCUGUCUGUCUGUCUGCGGAAUCAGUGAAAAACCUGAACACACAAGGGCCCCUCAGAUCCUGCUGUCCCAGGACAUCGAGGCGUCAUCCCCUGGAACCGUACAAGGUUCUGAGGAGAGACGGUUCUAGAACUACAUGGGGCUCUUCUCAUUCGUCUUUUUAUCUAUCCUCCCUUCCUUCCUUCCUUCCUUCCCACUGAUCUAUAAAAGAACACUGGAUAGACUAUCCCAUUGUUGCCAACCCAUCAUUCUUUAUAGAUCAGUGGGAACGAGCCGAGGGACGGAGGAAGGAAGGAAGGGGGAGGAUAUAUGACGAAUGAGAAGAGCCCAUGGACACAAUACAGUUCCUCCGACCCACCCCACAAUAGAUAACAAUAUCAAAAUAAGGACUCAUCCAAGAUAUAUUUCAGCUUCAAACAUUGAGGCCGUAUUUCCGUAUGUAUGAAGGGGAUGUAAUUGAUUGUUUCUUAGUGAUGCCAACACUUUUUGUUUGUUUUUUUCUUUGUUUUGUCUUUUUCGGUUUGCCAGAUGAUAUUGUUGUUGCAGUGUUUGUCAUAAAAAAAAAGUUUUCUAUUUUUACACGGAUCCUCAAAUCACGAAAAGAGAAGAGAGCAUCUAUUCUUAUGUACGUAUUCAGGUAUGAAAAGCAAACUGCUGCAUCUGUUUACAUGCGUGUGUGAUGUACAGAUUUCUACUGAUUAAAAUUAAUUUAACUUAAA